AUGGAGAACACAGCAUUCUUUGAUCUGAAGCUUCUUCAACGCUCCGCGCCUGGAGACCAGGCAAUCCACCUACGGCAUGUCUUAACCAGCAAUCCAGGCGCCGCAUCUUCCCUCACAUCUAAUUUGAUAACGCUCGUGGCAUCGGAUCUUCUCCCGUCCAUUGUCCUCUCUUUAUGGCCCUUGGCCGCGAACGAUCCACACGUGAUUAUCGCGGUCAUGCACCAGGAGCUCUGCCUUGAUGCUCAGCGCUCAGCCAUCCGGCACUUCUAUCGCCAUCUGCGCCGCGAAAAGACGUUUGCCAAGGCCUGGGAGACCGCCGGUGGUGCUUCUGGAGUUGCUCAGCUGGCGGCAAAGCUCAACUUGGUUCAUGCUCGCCUUCUCUUCAACCUACUUGGAGAUACUGGCCGUGCAAGAGGGGCACGAAAGGAGCGCCAGAGGGCCAUGGAGGAGCUCCUGACGUUGUUGUGGGGAGAGGAUGGAGAAAUAUCUGCAUCUGCCGUGGGUGCUGGCGGCGGUCCAUUCGAUAGCCGUCCAUUGCGCGGUGACUACGUGAAGCUGAUCCCAGCCUGCAGCGGCGCGUUUAGAGUAGAGUGGGAGGAGAUGAAGCGCCAGCUCCCGGAGAGAUACAAGCACUCCGUGACCACAGAUCAAGAGUUCUUUGAGGAUUAUUACAGCGAGAAGCUGCGGCGCGGCGAAAUCACUGCCUCGGCGUUCCUACAUGCGAUAAAGCCUCUCGCUACUAGCCGUAUAGACUACGGCUUGCACAUUCUGCACAAGUUCGCAGAGAGUGAAACAUUGCUAGGGGCGUCUCCCAGUGAUUUCUUCAAAACAAUUAUCGAUCCACUAGGAAAGCGAUUUGUAUCCAACAGAAUGAUAUCAAGUGAUGCGACGAUGCAAUUUUGGAGCCGUGUCAUCAGCUGUCUGAAAGAGCGUCGAGUAUUUCGCGGAGACUUUGACAAUUAUGCUGAGCAUUACAAAAGAAAUGUUGCUCGCUUGCUCAGGUUGUGGAGCCGCUCACGAGCAAAGGCUGAGUAUACGGACAUGCUGGCUACCCUAAUUUCUAUUCUCCCUCAGAUCGUGGUGAACGGAUACAAACUCGUCGACCUCGUAAAGAAGCCUGCCCGGUCACUGAGGUAUCGGUUAUUACGUCUGUUCCUGAAGAACGCGGCCGGGUACCAAUUUGAUAUCGGAGAACCUGAUAGCUUGGAUCACACAGAGUUUCAAAAUUUGACACUCCGCUGGCAGGCGAGCAUUUUUUUCGAAUUGUCCGCAAAUGAAGCCCUUUCAUUAUUCAUAAAGGUCCGCCGAGCAGGAAAUUAUAUCGCAUUUGCCUAUGGCAAUACGUUUUACUUUGAACGGCGAGACGCAAAUGAUUGGGAUUCAGCCGACCACCAUAUCGUACAGGCUCUCCUAUUGAACAGGAGCACGGCAGCUCUCCCCAUGGCGGCAGACCUGGAUGCCAUGAGAUCCGAGGUUCGCCUUCAAGAGCUGCCGGAGAGGAUGAAAAAGGCCACCCAAGGCCGCAGUCCAGAAACUCGAGCGCUGUGGUGCGAAGCCGCCCUGUCACUUUGUAUAGCAAUAGGGGAUCUUGAUCUCUUUGCGGAAACUCUUCGCUGGGCACGGCGGUUUAACAAAGAUGCAUUAACUCUCAAAGAAAUGUACAGCCAGUCUUGCAUCUCAAGGCAUGAGGGCAUCAGCCUUCUGGCUGUUCUGCAUUUCAACAGAGACACGCCAGUGACAAUGACUCUGGAACAGCUUGCCAAGAGCAUUCACUCUGCGAAUGAAAUCUUGCAGACCCUUUUCGAGACUGCCAUCAUGGCUGCAAAUGAACCGAUUUUUUACCCCAGAAAUUGGGAGGCCACUUUUGGCUUGAUUAGAAAAGCCGUAUCCCGCCGCUUGGAUUGUAUCAAUGACUUCCAGGAUCGCAGCGAAACAUCUGACGAUGCGCUUUUUGAAGCUGUUUGGGAGCCGACGCUUGCCAUGCUGAAGGAAAUGAUAUCGACUCUUCUUGGCCCUGCGGGUGAAAAGUUCAAGAUAAUCGAUGCCUAUGCCCUGGUAUCCUCGAAUUUGAUUAGUGAACCUGAGAAUAUGCGGGAACCAACCAUCAGAUUUCUUAAUGCUUUGGCGGUAUUUCACGACUCGAUUUGGGCGGAACAUCGAAUGCGUGAGACUCCCGCUAUAGCCACAGCCGGUGAGAUUUGGCCUAAAGGACUCGCUAUCCAACAUCUAUCUGACCACUUUGGAACGACCAUGGCCUAUCUCCCUUAUACACGAUCGCGGAUCGAGAGUAUCGUGUUUAUGGAUGCCCAUAAAGCCAUGGCGUCUGUAAAGGUAGAUGAGGAAACUCAAGCGGCCAUUGGGGAAUUUAUAGACAGCUGGCGCGAGGCUCUACGGCUAUAUAUCCGUUCUCCAGGAGUGCCCUAUAGCAAGAGUCCGACUUCUAAAGACUUCCCUUUGCGUGUGCAGCGUCAGGAGCGCAUUACAAAGGCCUGGAAGCAUGCAAUUGUCAACCUUUCCAAGGACCGUAUGUCUCUGGAAGAGGCUGAACGGUUUUGGUUGCCUAUAUUCAACAACAAUCAAAUUAUCGUUGAAAGAGACGAGGUUGAGAUUGAUGAAUCGGCUAAUCAACGCCCUGAGCCAUCUCUCCCUGAUGAAGACGAGAAUUUGCAACCAGUAGAGUGGAAUCCCGAUCCGGAAUACGGCCGAAUAUCGCAGCCUCAGAAAAGUAGAUCGAUGGUAUCAACCUAUUUGGAUGUUUUGCUCAAUAAGUUUUACGAAACAACGGCGUUUAACUGGAAAAGACGUUCAGGAUCAAAAACCUCGGCAAUUGAGUAUGCCAAGGCGGUUAUUCCGGAAAAGGCACGUCCUUGUUCUUUCUGGCAGUCGGCUUAUAUCCCCGAAAGGAAGCAUACCUGCAAAACAGCGGAUGCCUAUGCGGUGGCAGGAAUCCUGGUUCUAAAUAUGAAGUAUGGAUCAGACAGCUCUUUAUUAAAGACGCCAUUCCCUGAUGCCAGCAUUACGCGCAUUCCGGCUGUGUACCUUGACGAAGAGUUUCUUGAGAGAGAAACAGCCAAGAAUAGUGAUGAGGUUCAUGGUAUGCUGACUGAAUUACUUCCUUACGUGCCAGCACGCUUGCUCGCCCGUCUAGCAGCUUCAGUUCUUGAGAGCAUAAGGAAGAAGCCUGAGUCAGAAAAGCCAUAUGCAACUUUUUCGUACAUAAUCGAGACCAUGUUGGAUGGGAUCAGUCCCUCGUUGACAUUUCCCUUGAUUCAGCAAUUUGUUUUGGAAUAUCCCAAUGCAAGUGCAUGGCACAGGCUGCUUCUUAAUCCUCAGACGCUUAUGAGUUUCCUUCCAUCUGAUGCAAAGAGGUUUUUUGAGAGCUUUACAGAUGCUAUUCUGGAUAAGCUCCAACAACAAGCAAGCAGGCGCUCGGAGGAGCCCAGCUCAUCAGAAAGCAAGGGACCACUGGUAAAAGUCACUACAGUCAAAAUGUUGGCUCAACUCCUGAGAGAAUGUCCGGUUGUUGAUCCGAGCCUCGCAGUGGAUUUGAACAUUCGAAUUCUUCAGAAAGCUAGCCAUGUGGAUAUCCGUAUAGCCUCUAUAAAAGCGCUCACGGAGGCACUAAGUACGACGACUAGCCCUGUACUAAGGCAGAAGAUAUUUGACGCCUUGUUCAAGUACGCUACUCCAAUGGCGUCUUCAGUCCACGACGCACAACCAGCUGUGGACUGGGACGCGUUGAAGCCUGAUGACGAGCUGCCUGAAGUAUGGGAAGGCGACUCUGGAAACUUUGGGAAUCCUCCAAUCAUGGAUAUUAUCCUGUUCGCAGGUCAUGAAAUAGAGCUACAGUCUGACCAAAGUCGGACUUUGACGAAGCUUAAAUAUUCCGUAUUGGACUCUUCCGCAGAAAGCAACAGACGAUGGACGGAUCUUUUCUUAAAGAAGAAUGGAUUCAGCAUACCAGACAACGCUCAACUUCCUCUGAUCCCGGCAUUCCCGACAGCACUGAAUACUCUGCUUGUUUUAAUGCAGUCGGAGACUUCGUUAAAGUACGUCGAUCUGAUGAAGCGAUACACAUUGAUGAAAAUGAAUCCUCCCGACUGGCUGGCUCGUAUAAACAAGGCUGUAAAAGAUGACAAAGAUCUGUCCAGGUCUAAUGCUGGCAAACAUUGGUACAAUCUGUGGAGCAGCGACAGCUACACAUACAUGAACAACACUCUUGGAAAUGUCUCUGUCUUUCUCGGUCCCAAGAAUCCGGAUACGCGAAACCGUGAACAGUCAAGAGCGUUUUACGAGAGCUUGGAACAAUUUAUCCUCGAGGUCGGGGACGCUUUUAUUACAGAAGGGUUCUCUUCUCAAUAUGCGUCGUUCUUGGACAAAAUAUCAUGGAUGGGUCCUGAAAGUCCCGUAUGGAGGAACCUUGUGGACAGGAUAAAUAGUCUUCGAACUCCCGCGUGGCAAGCCAAUCCGAAUCGAAAGCCAAAAGUGCUUCCUGAUACGCUGCCACUCAAGAUGAAGAUGCUGAACUUGCCCAAGCAGAAGCUUACGAAUCCGGAUGAGGUCAAAGCGGUCAUUGCCAGAUGUGUGAAUGGCGUUGUAGAGCUCCUCGAAGAAUUCGUGUCGAGUGGGACUCCGUAUUUUGAGAGAUUCAAUACGCUUCAGAAGGAAUUGGGGACGGUUGAGCCUAUGGCUGAGAUGGCCAUUUUGCUGGGCUCUGAGCCUGCGCGACGGAGCACGAACGAAGUGACUUUGGUGGAUCACCUUCGGCUGGAGCUCGCAAUUAACAUGAUGAACAGGAGUAAUGUUCUCAACAAAGGCCUGGGAAAAGCUCAUGACGAGGACGUUGUGAACGCGGCUGCUGGGUUGGUGAUGGAUAUGAGUAAUAGUCAUGUAGAGUACAUUCGCACACUGGCGGCUCCUUUGAAGAAUGGGUUGGAGAAUGCCACUGGGUUUAAUUGGUGGGAUUGA